AUGAAAACAACACUUGUAUGCCUUGCAGCAAUUGCACAAAUCGUACUGUCAUCUGUCUCAGCAGAGCCAGUUCAAAAGAUUCCUCUUUACUAUCAAAAGAGAAGAUCUGGUUCAGAUUUCAUUUCUGCUGAUGCUACCGAUCUCAAAAACGGCAUGCUGGGUGGUGUAGUACAAAUCGGUAAUCCACCUCAAAAUCUUACCAUGGCAUUUGAUACUUCAACUGGAUUUUCCUGGGUUCGUGGCACGCAAUGUGGCACUGAAAACUGCCAAGGUCGCAAUGAUUUUGAUUCAAGAAACUCUACCACCAUCAUUUCAACAGGCCAAUCCUUUGUUAUGGACUAUGGUGAGGGCAUUGUUCAUACCACCAUUUACAUGGAUACGUUCCGCUUUGCUGGCUUAACUGUCAAACACAUGCCUUUUGGUGGUGCUUAUGAAAUGGAAGGCUUCGAUAAAGGUUUCGAUGGCUAUCUUGGCCUUGGUCGUAAUGUUAAUUUGAACACUUCCUCGACAGUCUAUGCAAAACGUGAUGUUUCUGCCUCUGGCUUUGUCCCCAAUGCUUUCCAACAAGGUUCAGGUUUAUCAAGUGCUCAAUUUGGCAUGUACACUACUACAACGGGCAGUGGCUUCUCUGAGUCUGGCAGCACUGCUGUCUCCAGUGUCGCUAUGCCUAACGAAGUAACUGGCGGUGGCUUCGGCGUUGUCAAGCGAUCAUCGUCAAGCGAUGAGCCUGCUGGUUAUCUUGUUCUUGGUGGUGUUGACAAAGACGCCAUAAAGGGUGAUUUGUAUCACAUUGAUGUAGACGAUGAAGAUGAUAAUGACUCUGGAAACUGGGCUGUUUCUGUCAAUUCCGCCAAGUUCGAAGAUGAUCUUUGUUUCAACGUCAGUAAAAAAGCCAAAGCUGUGCUUAGUUCGUCCACUGAUGUUAUCGGUUUACCUAACGCUCAAGCCAAGGAAUUCCAGGAACGUUGGUAUGCUGAAUACGACAAACCUGACAAUACCUUCAAGAUUCCUUGUUGUUUGAUGGAAUACCUUACUCCAUUCAAGAUCGAGCUUGGUUCAAUCAAGGCUACUAUUCCUCCUCACUACUGGAGCCAUCCUCGCAAGGUCGCCACUUGCUGUGAAAUGUGCCGCACCCACAUUGGCAAAAGUGAAUCAGACACAGAUUAUGUCAUUGGGUCUGCCUUCACAAAUGCUUUCUAUACACAAUUCGAUACAGAAAAGAACAGAGUCAGUCUAGCAAUGAAGAAGAAUCAUGUCAAAGAUGGUCUCAAGCUCUUUCAAGUUUAA